AUGGCCAAGCUCUCCAAGACAGUUCUCCUCUGGAGGCUGCUCCUCGUUCCCCUCGCGGCCGCCUACCCGCAGCUCCAAGCCGAGCUCAGGCACCGCACGAUCAAGCCCGAGGAUACCAAGGGCGCGUACGACUACAUCAUUGUCGGAGGUGGACAGUCUGGUUUGGUCGUUGCCAACAGACUUUCGGAGGAUCCGAAGGUGUCGGUUCUCGUCGUCGAAUAUGGCUACUUCGAUAACUCGUACGACGUCCUUGACCACAACAACAUCUUUCGUGAUACCACCGCCUGGGAGUAUAACAUUACUUCGGUUGCGCAGACUGGAUUAGGGGAAGCCAACAGAUUCCAGAAGAUCAGGAGUGCUGCUGUUGUUGGAGGUGGUUCCGCCAUCAACGGCAUGUUUUUCAACCGUGGCUCGGCCGAAGAUUACGACGAUUGGGAGAAGCUUGGAAACCCGGGUUGGGGAUUCAAUGGCCUGCUUCCCUACUUCAGGAAGAGCCAGACGCUUCAGACCCCUAACCCCAACCUUGCCAGGGACUUUAACGUCACAUGGGACUCGACCGCCUUUGGCAAUGGCCCGAUCCAGGCCAGCAUUUACCCGGUUCAGUACCCUGAGGUAGGAAAGUGGUACCAGGGAUUUGUCGAGGCCGGUCUCGAACCUCAGCAGAGCGGUGAUAAUGGCCACGCUCAUGGCCUGUUCUGGAGUACAGUGAGUGUUAUCAACUUGUCUUUGGAUGGGAAAAAGCGAUCUAACAAGAGACAGAGAGCCGUCGACGACCGCACCCGCACCCGCUCCUACGCGCGCAACCAGUAUUAUGACCCCAUUAAGGACCGCAAGAACCUCGACCUGCUUACCGGCUGGCGCGUCAACACCGUCAAAUUCGACAAGAACAAGCAAGUGACCGGCAUCGUCAUGCAGCCCCGCGACAGCAUUAACGACCCCAAGGCGAAAACCACAACCAUCAAAGCCAAGAAGGAAGUCGUCCUCUCCUCCGGCGCUUACCAUACCCCUCAAAUCCUCCAGCGCUCUGGCAUCGGCCCCGCCUCCCACCUCAAGAAGGCCAACAUUCCCGUCCUCGUCGACCUCCCCGGCGUCGGCUCCAACCUGCAAGAUCACGCAGUCGUCUCCAUGUACUACCAGUAUACUAACGCCAAGCCCCUUCCCCCUCCUCCUGCUGAGGGUCCCUACCCCGUCAUGGCCAACAGCGUCGCCUUGCUGCCCGUCAAGGACAUGGCCCCGUCCUCUUACCUCUCCAUCGCCCGUGACUACCUGGCUCAACAGAUCGAGAAGGUCCUACCCGAGAGUUACACCAAGGAGCAGAAGGCCGGCUAUCUCAAGCAGCGCGAGCUACUCGCCGCCGACAUGAAGAAGAAGACGGCUGCUUUUGUCGAGAUCCCCUUCACCGGCAACGACCCGCUGUACAUCAUGGUUCAGAUGAAGCCGGUCUCUCGCGGCACCGUCAUGCUCAACACCACCGACAUCUACGCCGAGCCGGUCGUCGACUUCCGCACCUUCUUCAACCCCGUCGAUGUGGCAAUCGCCCGCGAGUCCCUCAAGUUCGUGCGUGACAUCUUGCACAAGACGCCGAGCUUCCAGAGCUUGGGACCCCUCGAGCUGGACCCCGGUCUUGGAGUGGCUGGCGACGAAGCUUUGGACAACAGGGUCAGGAGCAAUGCGGGCAGCACCACGGCUCAUCAGUCGGGCACGGCGGCCAUGAUGCCGCGCGAGCUGGGAGGCGUGGUGGAUAGUCAGCUGAGGGUCUAUGGCGUCAGGGGACUGAGGGUCGUCGAUACCAGUAUCAUGCCGCUGGUUCCAGCGGCGCAUACGUGCAGCAGCACGUAUGCUGUGGCGGAGAAGGGGGCGGAUCUCAUCAAGGGAAGGAAGAUGUAA